AUGGCCUUGUUGUCGCUGUACUUCAGUGUUCACCGUCAGCCUCACAUCCACAAACAGCCUCGUCAGUGUCUCUUCAGCGGCGGAUCCUGGACUGAACCCAGAUCUCCUGCUCCUAUGGUCUGCCGCCAUCGCACUGUCGUUCACUGCUUCAUAAGACUGAGGAUCUGCCACUGUGAGGGAGAUGACGACAGCCCCCUCAUCACCCCGUGUCACUGCACUGGGAGCCUGCGGUUUGUGCAUCAGAGCUGUCUGCAGCAGUGGAUCAAAAGCUCCGACACACGCUGCUGCGAACUCUGCAAGUACGAGUUCAUCAUGGAGACCAAGCUCAAGCCGCUGCGCAAGUGGGAGAAGCUGCAGAUGACGGCGAGCGAGCGGAGGAAGAUCAUGUGUUCCGUCACUUUCCACGUCAUCGCCAUCACCUGCGUUGUGUGGUCGCUGUACGUCCUCAUUGACCGCACGGCCGAGGAAAUCAAGCAAGCCGGAAGAAUCCCAGGGAUCCUGGAGUGGCCGUUCUGGACCAAGCUGGUGGUGGUGGCCAUAGGCUUCACUGGGGGCCUGGUCUUCAUGUACGUCCAGUGCAAGGUCUACAUCCAUCUAUGGAGGAGGCUGAAAGCGUACAACCGCGUCAUCUACGUUCAGAACCGGCCGGACUCCUGUAAGAAGCUGGCCUUGGACAAACCCAUACUCCUGGAACCCAGUCUGGAGAACAAAGAAGCCCUGGUCCCCGCCCCGUCCGACACAAACUCCUCCCAGUUCACAGAGACCGAAGAAUACUGCAUCGAGGUGGUCAACGUCUGA